CACAGACUUAGCAAAUUAGUGAGUUGAGAAGGAAAGCCAAUGUGCAAAAGAUGACGAUGACACGAUGACACGAUGACCGUCUUCGACGCAACCAACAGCGCCGCCCCUCAUCAAGCGAUGCGGUGGUUGGACAUGCCUUGAUGACGAUGACGGCAAAAGGAUGAUUAAGAAGAAGGAGUUUCUGGUGGUAGUUUGGGUAGGAUUUUGCCUCGUCCUUUCCCUCCAACUGUUCCUAAACUCCAAAGUUUCCCACGAGAAGGAAGCAAAUCUCCCCGCGAAGCUGGUCUCGUUCAAGAGCCAUGGCAGAGCAAAUGAGAUUAAGGAACUGCAGCUGUUGACCUGUCAAGAUGACCAAGAUGGCCCCUGCUGUGCUUCGUGGCAGACCAACAUGGAUGAUUGGUGGCUGCAUCACCCUGAUUGGUAUGUCAGCCAAGAGACCAACAAUCAGUUCUGCUUUUCUCGAAUUCAAGACAACGAAAAGGCGGCCUUCUUUCGCAAGGUCCAUGACAACCAGUGGAACCACAACAAUUCUACCUGUGAACAUGUCAUUCUGGCCAACCAGACCAAUUCCGGUUAUGCUGCUAGUAUCAAUCAAAUUGUCUACGGAUUUCAAUUUGCAUCAGACCGAGGUCUGCCCUUCCAGAUCACCAAGCAUCGACCUCAAAUGACAUGGAUGUUUGCCCCCAAGAAUGAAUCCAGUUGGGCCUACUGUGAGAGCCAAGACAUGAAUUGCUACUAUCUACCAUUAUCAGAUUGCAAACCCGUCAUUGGAGGCGAAAGUAAAUAUAGCGCCACGAUCCCCCAAACUCAGCAGGCAAAUACCGAGUUUCAGUGGUUACGGCUCUAUGCUGUCCGACCAAAACAACAGGUACGACGAAAGGUAUUUGAGCUCAUCACACAAGUGCAGGGACUGCCACCAUUGCCAUGGAAUAUUAACUGCACAGCUAUGCAUAUACGACGAGGGGACUCGGGAUUUGUCAAGAUCCCUUGGAGACGGUAUGCCGCUGUACAAGAGUACAUUGACAAGGGAAAAGUCCAGCCAGGAGAGACCAUUGUGUUGCUGUGCGAUGAUGCAUCUACCAUUGAAGAAGUCCAGACGCACCAUGGCGAAACGUACAAUUGGAUUUAUCUGAAUCGAACACGAUUCCGGGGCACCGAAGGAGGCUUUAAUAAACAUUCCAUCUUGGCCGAAGCCAAAAUGGCGGCCCAGUGCCAAAAACUGGUGGUAGGAACCAGUGGCUUUGUCACAGUCAUCAAAGAUGCCAUGCAACUGGCUGGGCAGAACUACAAACAGUUUCUAGUCAAAACACGCGUCACCAAGGAUGACGUCAAGAGCGUCAAGAAGUUGGAUCCAAAGGUUAGAGUGGACCAAAUGUUGAACGAAAUCGAAGACAAGUACAAGAGCCAGAAAACGGGGUGAGGCGUGGGAUCGAUCAGAAACGUAACACACACAAAGGGCGUGUGCACAAUUGCUACUUUAGUCUGCAGUUCAUCGAGUAACAAGGAUCAGAGUUGAACUUGGAAGAGCGAAUCGUAUCCUUGAACUUUUCAUGUUGCAGCGACUCUUUGGGUCUGAACUGGACCACCAGGAAGGAGCAAGGAGGUCAACUCCUUAUACCAGAACGGACUGAUUCGAUUCCUCGCGGCGGUCCUUCCUGAGCACCUACUGGUACCAUAGUAGGCGAAGUCAGAGUGACCCCCAGUACCGGUCCGCGCCUUCAGCCGGAGCAACGUCGACGGAAGAGUGCACUAAAAGAUCAGCGCUUGAAACUACUGGUUACCGGUUCCUAGCUAAUUCCAACUGCACUACAUCUAGUAGCUGGUCAACACAAUCAUGAAUAGGCCAGAACCCAACAAAGAACA